AUGUUGCCCCAAUAUCAACUAAGUUCAAUUUUGAGAGGACAUACCCAGGAUGUGAAAGAUUUGGUAGCCAUAGAUAGUAAUAAAAUUGCAAGUGUCUCUAGGGAUGGAGAUGUCAAAGUUUGGAAUAAGAACGAGUCUAAUGAUGGAAAUGACCGUUGGGAAAGUACUACAAUAUAUUCAAAUCCACAUUUUCUAAACAGUAUCUGUUAUGAUAAGAAUAACCAAGUUGUCUUUUAUGGUGGUAAAGAUUGUUUAAUCAACGGACAUUCUAUUUUUGCCACUUUAGGUGAAACAUCUGAGCCCUUAUACACACUAGUGGGACAUAACUCAAAUGUUUGUUCUUUAAAUUUACAUGAGAAUGAAUUAAUUAGUGGUAGUUGGGAUACGACUGCAAAAGUUUGGUCCAAUGGGAUAUGUAAGUAUACUUUAGCUAACCAUGAGGGUCCAGUCUGGGGUGCUAAAAUCCUUCCUGGUAACAAUAAUCAUUUCGUUACAGUAGCUGCUGACAAAAUUGUACGUCUUUGGGAAAAUGAUUCAAUCUUAAAAGAAUUUAAGAAUAUUCACAAUGAUGUAAUUAGAGAUGUGGAAAUUUUGAAUAAUGAUGGCACACUAUUUGCUACAUGUUCUAAUGAUUCCACAAUAAAAAUUUUUGAUUUCAGUGGGAAUGUAAAACAUGUAUUAGAUGGGCACGAGAGUUUUGUCUAUAAAAUUAAAUUCAAUAAACAUACAAACCAGUUGUUUAGUUGUGGUGAGGAUAGAUCUUUAAGAAUUUGGAAUUUGGAUGUUGAAAAUGAUUAUAAACCAUCCAUCACUCAGGUUAUAAGACUGCCCGCAAUAUCUCUAUGGUGUUGUGAUUUUUUACCAAAUGGUGACAUUGUGGUCGGUUCAAGUGAUAAUAAUAUCUAUAUCUUCACAAGGAAUAAAUUACAUCUUGCAUCAAAACAGGAGAUUGAAACUUUUAAAAAAAGCAUAGAGACUACUGCAUUAAAUUCAGCUACUAUGGGGUUUGAUGAAUCCAAGAUUUCACCUUAUGAAAUAUUGCAGACAAAGGGUCAUAAAGAGGGUCACUUGGUUAUCGUCAAAGCUCCCACUGGUAUCUUAGAAGCACAUCAAUAUUCAAAUGAAUCUUGGACUAAAGUUGGGGAUGUAGUAGGAUCCUCUAGUGCAGGUAGUGAUAAGAAAAAAGAAUACGAGGGUGAAAUGUACGAUUACAUCUUUGAUGUCGAUAUUGAAGAGGGAAAGCCACCCCUAAAAUUAGCCUUGAAUGUGACUGAUAAUCCAUAUGAUGUAGCUGAUAAGUUUAUCAUAAAACACGAGUUACCAUCAGACUAUAGAGAACAAAUAGUUCAAUUUAUUAUUAAAAAUGCCACAGGGAUUUCACUAGACAAUGUACAAUUUACGUCUAAUCAGCACACUGUUUCAUCUCAACUAGCCUCUAUGGGCAAACAAAUGAAGGUUUUGCCUGUAAAGACUUACUUGACAAUGAAGUCUUAUAAGGCGGAAACUAUCUUUAAUGGUAUUGUGAAACUAAAUACAAAGGAACAAACUUUCAAUGAUGAAGAUUUGGCGCUUAUUGGAACAUCACUAGAAAAUUUAAACAGUAAUUAUGAGAUCUUAUACGACAUUGCCAAAAAAAUUUUUAAUUUAUGGACCAACAAAUUACCAUCAUUUGAUAUUAUCAGAUUAAUAGUAGAUAAAUUACCAGACUCGAGCAAUAUUCUUGAUUAUAUCAAAGAAGGAUUAGAUAAUGAAGAUAUUAAUAUCACAAUGCUUACAGUACGCAUCUUAACAAACUGCUUCAAUAACAAAGCGUGGGGUACUAAAUUAAUGCCAAGUCCUGAUGUUUAUAAUUCUGUUUUUGAAACAAUUGGCACGGUAUAUCCAGAUGCGACCCUACGUCAAUCACAAACAUUAGCUAUCUCUGUUGCUACUCUUUUACUAAAUUAUUCAAGUCUAAUAGUCCAAGAUAAUUCAAAUCGAAAGAGUUUAGACAUUGUACCAGUGUUAGCAGAUGUCAUCAACAACAAAUAUGGAGUUCUGGAAGAAUAUCAAACGUCGGAAGAAGCGGCCUAUAGAUUGACUGUGGCAUAUGGGAAUUUAUCUACUGUAGAACCUACAUUAAAACAAUUUGCUAAAUCUGUCGUAUGGUUAAAUCAAAUAAGAAGAAAGUACAGUAAUAUCCCCAGAUUCCACGACAUUUUCAAAGAUUUAGAAAUUGCGUGA